AUGCCUGUUGGAACUGUUCUUGUCACCGGUGGUACCGGCUACAUCGGCUCUUUCACCACGCUCGCCCUUCUUGAGCACGGUUACGAUGUCGUUAUCGUCGACUCCCUCUACAACUCCUCAGAGGUUGUCCUAGACCGCAUUGAGCUGAUCUGCGGUCGCCGACCUACCUUCUACAAGGUCGAUGUCACAGACGAGAAGGCCAUCGACGAGGUCUUUGCCAAGCACCCUGCCAUUGACAGCGUCAUCCACUUUGCUGCCCUUAAGGCAAAGCGAUCACCUACGACUAACACCAUCCAGGCUGUCGGCGAGUCUGGCGAGAUCCCUCUCGAGUACUACCGUGUCAAUGUCGGUGGCAGCAUCUCCCUGCUCCGCUCCAUGGAGCGCAACAACGUCAACAACAUCGUCUUCUCAUCCUCCGCUACUGUCUACGGCGAUGCUACUCGUUUCCCCAACAUGAUCCCUAUCCCUGAGCACUGCCCCAUUGGACCUACCAACACAUACGGCCGCACCAAGUCCAUGAUCGAGGACGUUAUCACCGACUUUGUUAACGCCCAGCGAAGCAACUUAGAGAAGGCCGGUAAGGAGUUCAAGCAAUGGAACGGUGCUCUGCUGCGAUACUUCAACCCUUGUGGUGCUCACCCCACUGGUAUCAUGGGUGAGGACCCCGCUGGUGUUCCUUACAACCUGCUUCCCCUCCUCGGAAAGGUUGCUACUGGUGAACGUGAGAAGCUCUUGGUAUUCGGCGAUGACUACUCCUCUCGCGACGGUACUGCCAUUCGAGACUACAUUCACGUUGUUGACCUUGCCCGCGGCCACCUUGUCGCUCUUAACUACCUGCGCGAGAACCAGCCCGGUGUCAAGGCAUGGAACCUGGGUUCCGGCCGUGGAAGCACUGUCUUUGAGAUCAUCAAGGCCUUCAGCAAGGUCGUCGGCCGCGAUCUCCCCUACGAGGUCAAGCCCCGACGACAGGGAGACGUUCUCGAUCUCACUGCCAACCCCACCCUCGCCAACAAGGAGCUCAACUGGAAGACCGAGCUCACCAUGGAGAAGGCCUGCGACGACCUCUGGAAAUGGGUCAGCAACAACCCCAAGGGUUACCGACAAGAUCCUCCCGCCGAGAUGGUUGAGGCUGUCAAGUCUUCCAAGGCUUAA